AUGCAGGCCGAUCCGGCAAAGUUUCCAAAUGGCAUCAAGUGGCUUGCAGAACAACUGCAUGGCCUUGGGUUCAAGUUCGGUAUCUAUACCAGUGUUGGAGAGACGACAUGUGGUGGAGGCCAGCCUGGGAUCAUGGGCCACAUCCAGAUCGAUGCAGCAACCUUUGCAUCCUGGGAUGUGGAUUACGUCAAAGUGGAUCGGUGCGGCUGGCCUGGGGAAUUAUUCUUUGCACCAGGCCUUGACGUUGGGGACCUACCGGAGUUUGCACGGAUCGUUGCUGGCAUCGACUACCCUGAAAACGGCAACUGGGACUGCAAGUAUCCGGCAUCCUUCUAUCAAGUGUCUGGCCGGGUGGAAGGCUACCAAAACUUCAGCGCGGCAUUAAACAGCACGGGUCGGACAAUGUACCUGGAGAUUUGUGAUUGGGGCGAAGAUGACACACUUGCGUUCGCGCCACAAAUCGCAAAUUCUUUUCGAGUGCUGUGGGACAACUUUCCGCAGUGGCACCGCGUCGAAGAGAUAUAUGAGUACUAUGCCCAGGUGCUAGCAAUUCCAGCUUCAACGAGACCUGGCGCAUAUGCUUUCGCAGACAUGCUGGAGGGGGGAGUUGAUGGCUUCCUGUACAACAGGGACACUUUCCCGGCGUCCAACUUGACAAGAAGGGAGGCAGCAACCGAGCAUGCGAUGUGGUCAAUGUGGAGUUCCCCUCUGAUCCUCGGCUAUGAUGUUGCAAAGCCUAGCAAGGCGUGGGUAACCGAGAUCAUGAAGAACCCAGCUCUCCUCAAGAUCAAUCAGGACCCUUUGGGCAUAGCUGCCCGCCUCGCCGUCCGGAAGCAGAAGAAUUUUUGCCCCAUCUCCGAUUGUUACCACACAGAUGUGUGGGUGAAACCGCUUGCUGAGGGUGACGUGGCUGUGGCACUGGUAAACGUCGCCGGGGCCUACAAUCAGAACAACAUAUUCUACACAACAGAAUCUAUUUCGGUAGCGUGGGAGACGCUGUGGCUCAGUCCAGAAACCAACGUCUCAGUGUAUUCUGCAACGGAGCAGAAGGACUUGGGCGUUAUGAGUGGAUCUGUUUCGAUGGAUGUUGAACCACAUGGCGAAAUCUGUGCACGCGUCAGCGAUGCGCUUCGCCGUAAGGGCCAGACGCCGGAUGCGCUGUUCGACGCCUUGGCCGCCGGUGGACAAGAAGUUCGCUGGCCGGACUUCCGGGCCCUCUUCGCGCAGCUUGAGCCUUCUUUGGGAGAGGGACAGCUACAGCAGCUGUGGAUCACCUUCGAUACCAAUGCCGACGGUGGCAUUUCCCGCGAGGAGUUCAAGAAGCAGCUUGCGAAUGUUCAGGCUUCGGCCACAACGGGUGUCACACAGCCAUCCACGUCCCAGGCUCGCCCGGCACCGUCGCUGAAGGACAUCUGUUUGCGUGUCAGCGACGCCUUGCAAAGGAAGGGGCAGACGUCGGACGCGCUGUUCGACGCCUUGGCCGCCGGUGGAGAAGAAGUUCGUUGGCCCGACUUCCGCGCCCUCUUUGCGCAGCUGGAGCCGUCGUUGUCAGAAGGUCAGCUACAACAGCUCUGGGUUACUUUCGACACGGAUGCGGAUGGUGGCAUCUCUCGGGAGGAAUUCAAGAAGCAGCUGGCCAAUGUUGAGGCUUCAGCAAAAGCUGGCGUCACCAAAACGAACGUCUCAGAGGAAGUCUGCUCAAUGGUCACUGCCAUGCUGCGCAGAGAAGGGAAGACCCAGGAUCAGCUGUUCGAUGCCUUGGCCAGUGGCCGCCAAGACGUGACGUGGUCUGAUUUCCAAGCUCUCUUUGCUCAGCUGCUGCCGGAUCUGGCAGAGAGCCAGCUGCAAGAGCUGUGGCAACACUUCGACAAAAAUGGAGACGGCGGUGUCUCCAGAGAAGAGUUCCAUCGCGCUCUGGGCACGGUCAGCAAAUCUGCCGAGGAAGCAGCGCAGGAUGGGGAUGGCAGCGUCACGCGCGAAGAGUUCCAGUCGGGCUUGCAGCCCGGGUCCGUGGCAGCCCUCGCGCCUGCCAUGCAGGCCGGUGCUCCGCCGGAUACACAAAUCCAGGCGCCUUCAGAUCUGACGUCGGCACUUUGGGCUGCCAUAUCUGAGGUGGCUGCCUUGAGAGCACCGGGUGCGCCAAGAGGAAGCCAAGCCUUGCAGCAAGCGGUGCGGCAGCAACUCGCAGCCUUUGACAACACGCAGACGGGCAUGCUGGAUCCUGCGGGUUUUGCCAAGGCAUUACGCUCCUACAGCCCGACCCUGCCGGAUGUGGCCCUCCAGGUGCUGAGGCAACAAGUCUGUGAAGCUGACGGGACGGUUCAGAUCGACAAGCUGGUGAGCCAGAUUCUGCAGCCUCCGGAGCCUCCACCGCCAAGAUCUUCCCUGGUGAGGACUGAGGCGCCUGUCACAGAGGCUGGGGGCCCACUCUGGAGCGCGUUGCGCAGGCUCGGAAGGUGGUAG